AUGUCUUUCCUCAACUUGCUCGCGCUAUCCCUCACUUUCCGAAUCGCUUCAGCUCGAGUCUUGGGAACAUUUACUGGACUACCGUAUCCAACGUUAAAGCCUCCUUCGCGUAGAGAAGACAGCUCUGCUCUUCCAACGUUCACAUUGGGCCCCGAGGAUGCGUACUUUCCAAGCACGGCCGCUGGCCCGGAGCCAUCGGGAUCCGAAGUCCAGGUGUAUCCUACCGGGGUCUACGACACUUUCCCAGCUGACGGGAUCACUGUCGCGUUCGGUCCGGAGAUACACGAACAGAUGAAGACUGUUCGCGCCGAAAGCUGCAACAAUAAACCAGCUGAAGAAUGUCGCGACGCAAUCAACGGUGUGAUACAGAAGACUGGGGUAUCUACUCACGUCAAACGCUUCAUUCCCGUUGCACCUUGGGUUCUCUGGCUUCUGGCAGGAUGGGUGUUGUCCACAAUAGCCUACGAGUACAACCAAGACCUGGGCAAAGCGAUAAAGCUCCCCCCAGAGGAUCUCCGGCAGAUUCAAUCGAUGGCCGGUGCUCAAGAAAUUGCCAUCGUGACGGCCGCCGAUGCCAGCGCUAUCGCAGCUACUUUAACAAUUCGACCCCCCGCGACGACUACGCCGACGAGUCUUAUCAGCAUCGAAACGCUCACUACAGCCAGUGACGGACACGAAGCCGGAGAUAUUGUGUAUCAUAUUCCCGAAGGAACGGCCGGACGCAUCCAGGACUUCUUGGGGAUGACCGGCCUCCAAGAGACCCAGCAGAUCUGUCAGGGCCAGGACCUGAAGCGCGCUGAUACUACUGAGGAGUGCAUCGAACGUAUUUUACGCCAUGCUAUGGACCUUGCGGAUACCGGCCCAGACAACCUAAUGGCUUUGGCUCAGGCGAAUAUUCCGAUUGAACCAGCUGUUGGUCAAGCCAUUGGGUUUCCGAUUCCUGAUAUCUCCAUCGGCGAAUCCGUAGUUAUCGUUCGGCUAUAUCGCCAGGUCUUCACUGCAACCGCGCCAGCCCCUCAGCCUGACCUGAAUUGGGACCCCUCCGUCCUCGCUAGAAGUGCGCUAAGUCUCGCCAUCGCUGCACAUGCGGCUAUGCUCGUUGGUCAGACUCUCCUCGACAUAUUCGUCAGCAAGAGUGAUAUAAUCACUGAUCUAAAGGAGGAGGACCUAACAUGUGCUAAAGAUCUCAUAUGCACACUCGAUGACUUUGUCGAAUAUCCCUACGUGUACGAGGUGCCGAAAGGAUACAUGGAUGCGCAAUACGCAUGGCUCGAAGAGCUCAUCAAGCGAGCCGAAGAGCCUGUGCUUGAAGCUGAAUGCAAGAGCAAUCUGCAAAGGUUUGAUGAAGGGACGUUAGGUCCCCCGAAUCCGGGUUCUUCACAGACCUUUGACCCCAGAUCCAGCUUUGAAGGGUAA